AUGGCAUUACUUUUAGUUUCAGCCGGGGUUAAAGCUGGUAAGAAAGCUUAUAAAGCUUAUGACAACAAGCAAAAGCAGAAGAAGGAGAAGGAACAAAAGGAUAAUCAAGGACAAGAUGCUCCUGAUCUCAGUAAACUUGAGUUGAAUGACCCCUCUUGUCCUUCGAUCUCGACUACGACACAAAUCGUCCCUCAGGAUUAUGUUGACGAAAAGAAAUCAAGGGAGUACGAAGAUCACAAAGACCUAAAUGCAAAUCCAUUCGAGGUUCCCCCUCCAUCUUAUCAAAAAGCUCUUGAAGAACCCUCUUCGGCUCCUACAGCUUAUGGCGGUGGAUUUGGUCCAUCUGAAUACACUCCAAGACGAAGAGGGUCUACUUCCAGUUCAAGUUCGAAUUCUUCAUCUUCCUCAGAUAAUGAGAGUCACACCAAGAAAGGUCUUUCUAAAUCUGAAUAUCGAGAUCUACGACGACGAGAUAAAUACGAACGAAGACUCGCAAGGAGACAACAAAAGGAUCAACGACGAGCUGAUAGAGCUCAGAUGAGGUACGGAGGUAUGGGUGGUGGGUUUGGUAGUGGACCUGCGAGGAUUGGAGGACUAGGUGGUGGACCUGUAGGCGUUGGUGGAUUAGGUGGUGGUCCCGUUAGAGUAGGUGGAUUAGGAGGUGGUCCUGUUAAAGUAGGUGGAUUCGGUGGUGGUCCUGUUAGAAUGGGUGGGUUGGGUGGUGGACCAUUUGGAAGAGGUGGAAUGGGUGGUGGUCCAGGGAGAGGAAGGGGAUUAUAA